UAUGACGGAUAUGCCAAAGAUUCAACUAUAAAUAGGAAUAAUACGAAAACCAGUGAUUUGAUUAGCAAAUUAAUGUUUGCCACCAGAUAUAAAUAAUACUUUGUGUGAAUACAGCCUAUUCAGACAUGUUAAUUCGAUCAUAAUUUCAGCAGAUUUAUACAUUCAUAUUGAAUUUAAACGUCCGUUUUGAAAGAGGCGAUGUUUUUUUUAACCCUACUGUUUUUGGUUUAACCCGCUCCACGGAACCAGACUGACGCGCGCCCGAGUCGCGCGCUACACUGGUGGGCAGAGCGCCGUGUCACGAGCUGAAGGUGUCAUGAAAAGAAGAAAACUCACUGGCGGACGGGAGGAGGACUAUUUAUAAGAGCGCGUAUGGGCAACAAAUGAGAAACUGGAUACAUAAAUUACUCGAUUGAAGAUGGCCAAAAACACAUCUCUUUAUUUUCGAAUUGUCGAAGGAAGGAACCUCCCAGCCAAAGACGUCUCUGGAACGAGUGAUCCUUACUGCAUCGUAAAAGUUGACAAUGAAGUUGUGGCCAGGACAGCUACAGUGUGGAAGAAUCUUAAUCCUUUCUGGGGAGAAGAGUACACGCUGCACCUCCCGAUGGGGUUCCACACACUGUCGUUUCUUGUCAUGGAUGAAGAUACUAUUGGCCACGAUGAUGUCAUUGGAAAGAUUACACUGGGCAAGGAAAUCAUUGGAUCUCAAGCCAAAGGGAUUGACAGCUGGCUGAACCUGACGAGGGUUGACCCUGAUGAAGAAGUCCAAGGUGAGAUCCACCUGAGUCUGGAGCUUCUGAGAGACAGAAAGAGGCGCAGGCUGCGUUGUCAAGUCAUUGAAGCCAGAGACCUGGCUCCGAGAGACAUUAGUGGAACAUCUGAUCCAUUUGCAAGAGUUCUUUUCAACAACCACAGUGCGGAGACCUCGAUUAUUAAGAAGACUCGAUUCCCUCACUGGGAAGAGACCUUGGACCUGGAGUUGGAUGCAGAGGAGCUCAGCGAAGAGGCGAUGGUUACCGUGGAAGUCUGGGACUGGGACAUGGUGGGAAAAAAUGACUUUCUGGGAAAGGUGGAAAUCCCUUUUGCUUGUUUGCACAAGACCCCUCGGUUAGAGGGCUGGUUUCGUUUGCUACCUUUGGGAAACAAUGAGGUUGAUGCUGGUGGGAAGCUGGGGGCACUGCGUCUGAAAGUGCGUUUGGUGGAGGAUCAGAUCUUACCAUCCAUGUACUACCAGCCACUUAUUGACCUGCUGGUUGAGUCGGUAAUCUCCCCCGCAGAGGUGGAGGACAGCAGUGCCCUGAGCAUGCUGGAGGAGGUGACCAUCGUUGAGAGCAGACAGGAUGUUGCAAUGACUCUGGUGAAGAUCUACCUGGGACAAGGCCUUGUGGUGCCAUUCCUUGAUUACCUGAACACCCGGGAGGUCAACCAUACAACGGAUCCCAACACUUUAUUUCGCUCCAACUCUCUUUCCUCCAAAGCCAUGGAGCAGUUCAUGAAGGCUGUUGGCAUGCUCUAUCUGCAUGAAGUGUUGAAACCCAUCAUCAAUCGCAUCUUUGAUGAGAGGAAGUACAUUGAACUGGACCCGUGUAAGAUCGACUUAAACCGCACAAGACGAAUUUCAUUUAAGGGUGCAGUGUCUGAGGCAGAGAUUCGGGACAGCAGCGUAGAGAUGCUGCAGACCUAUUUAACUAGCAUCAUCGAAUCAAUCGUGGCUUCAGUCGAUCAGUGUCCUCCGGUUAUGAGAGUGGCCUUCAAACAGCUGCACAAGAGAGUAGAGGAGCAAUUCUCUGAGCCCGAGAACGAGGAUGUAAAAUAUUUGGCUAUCGGUGGAUUCUUCUUCCUACGUUUUUUCGCUCCUGCUAUCCUCACACCUAAACUGUUCCACCUGAGAGACCAGCAUGCCGACACUCGUACGAGCAGAACACUCUUACUACUGGCCAAGGCGUUACAAAGUGUUGGAAACUUAGGCCUUCAGCUGGGUCAUGGGAAAGAGCAGUGGAUGGCUCCUCUUCAUCCCAUCAUUCUUCGCAGCGUGGCCUCUGUCAAGGACUUCCUAGACAAGCUGAUCGACAUAGAUCAUGACAUUGUGUCUUCGGUGCCCCAGAGGGCCGUAUUCAUGCCGUCAGUGACAGUCAAGGAGGGAUACCUCCACAAAUACAAAGCAGAGGGACCACAGCUGCUCUCUCGCUUCGCCUUUAAGAAACGCUACUUCUGGUUGACUAGUGAGUCAUUGUCCUAUGCCAAGACUUCUGACUUGCAGGUGCGCUCUUCAAUCCCCGUUCAGUGUGUGUGUGCCGUGGAGAGGGUGGAUGAAAACGCCUUCCAGCAGCAGAACGUAAUGCAGGUCAUCACUCAGGAUGACGACGAUGGACGGAUGCACACCAUGUACAUCCAGUGCAAGAAUGUGAAUGAGCUGAACCAGUGGCUGUCUGCGAUAAGGAAAGUCAGCAUCUACAAUGUGCACAUGCUGCCCUCCUUUCAUCCGGGCGUUCAUCGUGGUGGCAAAUGGACCUGCUGCCUGCAGGCGGACCGUGCCGUUACAGGCUGCAGCAGAACCCACUCAGCUGUGACUCUGGGUGACUGGAGUGACCCGCUGGAUCCUGACGUGGAGAGUCAGAUGAUUUACAAGCAGCUCCUCCAGGGCAAAGACAAACUCAGCUCCACAUGGAGUCAUAAAUAUAUCUGUCACUACAUGAAAAAGGCAGAACAGCCUCCAGAGAGGGGGCUGUGGCAAUCUGAUAAGAUUCUGUCUGAUACUGCAGGGAAAAAUAUGUGGAGAUGCCUGAAGCUGAUCAGACAUCGAGCAAUAAAGAAAACAGGAUCCAUGCUGGCAUUCACCCAGAUGGCGCAGAGUGCAACGUUCAGAUGAUGAAGCCAGGUCAGAGUGUUGCUGCUCGGCUGCUGGCGGUGAUUGAGGAUCUGGAGCAGGCUCACGCCGCCUUCCAACAUCGGGAAAAAGAGGACACCUCCUGUGUGAUUCUGAAUUCCUAGUCUGCACAGAGAUCUAUCACCGCCUGAUGGCGGUGUGUAGACGUUAAGGGAGGAGGAGCUGCACACUCUCUUGAUUGUAACAGAGGAAAAAGUGUCCACAUGGUGCAACCUCCUUCAGCGUCUUUUCUACAUUUAGUUCUGCUAUAAAGAGACUCCGCUGCUUUUGAUCUUUUGUAUUCUCCGAGUGCCACCAACGACAACGUCAGGAGAAGGUGAUAAGAGGGUGGAGAACUUUAAAGCAUGAUCUGACUUCUUGUUUGUUUCUGUAGAUAACAAUCAAUCCAUUGCAUGACUUGCUUACACUUGUUAAAUGUGAAAAUAAGCUUUUAUAUUUAAAGAAAAUGUACAGAAUUUCAGUCAUUCAAUUUUAUGCAAAAAAAAAAAACAAAGAAAAGAAAAGAAA